AUGUCUCUUAGAAAAGUACUUUCUCUAACAAGAACUGCGUGUUGUAACAUAACUAAUUUACAUUCAAAAAAUUAUUUAAGGCAAAACGUAUGGCUGCUAACUGUUAACGCACCAAAAUUUUACACAACACAAGAUAUAGAUAAAAAAGAUCCUGAGAAGACUGAUAUUUUAGGGCGAUUCUUCCCACAAAGUCCUCUCACUACAGAAGAUGCACAGGCUAUCAAGAAGGAACAGGAGAAAUUUGAACGGGAGAAUAAAGAAAAGACAGAAGAAAAUGAGAAAAGUUGGAGACGAAUGAAGAUGGGUUUUGCGGUAUUUGGUGGAGCCAUGACGGUGAUGGGUGGCUGCAUGGUGGUGGAAAUGGGUGCUCCACGCCGCGGUGAUGAUGGCGAAAUCAUAGAGGACGAGUUCUCACAUAUGCCCGUCGUCCUCCAGUAUCUACGGCGCACGUGGAAAGAGCUCACUUUUUAUGAAAAGAUGAUAAAGGAGCCUUCCCGCGAGAAGUUACUGCCCGACCCGCUCCCACCGCCGUAUCAGCCCACUUACACACUGGUGCUGGAGUUUACUGAUGUGCUCGUCCAUCCUGACUGGUCCUACCAGACUGGCUGGAGGUUCAAGAAACGUCCAGGAGUCGACCAGUUUCUACAGACUGUCGCCAGUUCCAACUACGAGGUGGUGAUCUUUACCUCGGAGAAUGCUUUCAUGAUAUGGCCAGUGCUGGAUAAGUUAGAUCCGGAGAACAAGUUCAUCACAUACAGGCUGUUCAGAGACUCCACACACUUCAUUGAUGGAGUACAUGUCAAGAACCUUGAGGGACUUAAUCGUGAUCUGUCUAAGGUAAUAGUAAUUGACUGGAACAAAGCCGCUACCAAGUUCCACCCACAGAACUCCCUCAUUCUGAAGAAAUGGAAAGGGGCUGAUGAUGAUACUGCCCUCCUCGACCUUGCCAACUUGCUACAAACGAUAGCCAUGUCCGACGUAAUUGACGUGCGUGAAGUGCUGACGUACUACAGUCAGUUCGAUGACCCCAUCGCUGCCUUCCGCGAGAACCAGCGCAAGUUGAUGGAACAGCUGGAGGAGAAGGAACGCGAGAACAAAGGACCUGACCAGCCACUCACUAGAAGCUGGUUAAGGACCUUCACCAGGCGCUAA